AUGAAGGUUUCCAUCAUCUCUGUCCUUGCGACGACAGUCCUCUCCACCGCUAGCGCCCAAUGCCUCCUCCAGUCCGAUGCAAACACACUCGCCACAAACUUCGGCAAACUGGUCUCCAAUUAUUCCGAGGCGCUUGCAAACAAAACCCUCGCCCCAGACUUCAUAGACUACUCCGAAUCAGUAAACACCCUCAUCGACAACGGCGGCGACACCCCAGUCCCUCUCCUGAGUCAAACCUUCUCCUCGCGCGCCGCCUUCGAAAAGGCCUCCGCUGCCCAGCCUUCCGUCCCCUUCGCGGUCAAGAACGUCUGGUUCAACUGCAACACGAUCACUGUACGAUGGGAGUCCGACCAGUCGCCCAAGCCCGUCAUCGGUAUCAGCGUGAUGCAAACGCGCUUCGUGCUCAAUCUGCAGAACCCGGUUUUGUUCCAGAUUGCUGAGGUGUGGGGCGAGUUUGAUAGCGGUGCUUGGUUGACGAAUUUGGGGAUCUUGAAGCAGGCGAGCAAGAAGCAGAGACGGGAGAUUGCUUUCGAAGCCUGA